AUUUCUCUUGUCUCGUUGAUCUUGAAAUCCAAUUAUUGAUCCAAACAAACGCGUAUAUCAAAAAAAAAAACUUCCUUCCUGCUUCUGACCUUCUUGCUCUACUACUCCAUCAUCAUCAGAUCCAACUAAAGCAGAAAAUAACCAACCCACUCCAGAAAAGCACAAUUCCCUUCUUCUUGGAAGGAACCGAAUAUGGACUCGUCGGAGCAACGCCGCAAGCGCAAGCGCCUCCUCAGGCCAUCGACGCCGCUGCCCCAUCUCCUCUCCGUGAGGUCUUUCCUCUUAUUCUUCUGCUUCUUGCUCUUUCUGUAUCUUCUCUCCUUCAAAAUCCCCAUCACUCCCUCCUCCUUCCGACCCGUAUUGGUUGUUUCAAGCUUCUCUCUACUUUCUUCUUCUUCGACUACUGGUGUUGAACCGUUUCGAGGCUUCGGUCGUGUUUUGCAUCCGGUCAGAAUUGAGGGCCGGGUUUUGUUCCCGGAUCAUGUUCUGUUGCUGGCCAGAAAUAGCGGGGUGUCCGCUGAGGAGACACUGGAGUGUGCGUAUGUUAGUGGAGGAAAUGCAGUUUCGUUGAAUGUAUCAUCUGCGGAUGAUUAUGAUCAAUCCAGAGUCAUUUUCAGGUGCCCUCUCCCGCCCACAAACCAUUCCGCCAUGGUAACUUUGCGGGGUGUGAAAGAUGGUUUUAGGGCUGCAAAUCUGACUGCGGCGCCUGCCUCUUGGUCAAAGCUGGUCUACACAGCGGCACUGGAUGGGGACACUGCGGUGGUAUUUGUGAAAGGGUUGAAUUUGAGGCCAGACAGGGAAUCAAAUCCCAGCCAAUUCAGUUGCCGUUUCUGGUUGGGGAAGAGGGUCGAGGUCUGGACUAGGGCCAUAACAGCUGCCCAGGAGAUCAUCAGGUGCUCUUUACCUUCCAGAAUUAACAAGUCUCCCGAGAAAGCAUUGGGCAGUAGCGUGACCAUUGGGAUGAUAUCUCCACUCGGGGUCCGCACAGGAGAGGAACACAGCCGCCGCCGCAUUGUCUUCCCUUCUGUGGCCGAGAUUUCGAGCUUGGAAUCUGCCAGUGGCAAGGGAAGGGGCAAGAAGCGCGAACUCUGUGUGUGUACGAUGGUGUGGAACCAAGCAUCCGCUCUGCGCGAGUGGAUCACAUACCACGCUUGGCUCGGUGUGGAGAGGUGGUUUAUCUAUGACAACAAUAGCGACGAUGAGAUCAAGAGCUUGAUCGACCUUCCCGAUAUGCGAAGCCUGAACGUCACUAGGCACGUUUGGCCGUGGAUCAAGACGCAGGAAGCUGGGUUCUCGCAUUGCGCCCUGAGGGCCAAACAGGAAUGCAAUUGGGUUGCCUUCAUGGACGUUGAUGAGUUCUUCCACCUUCCGUAUUCAUCGGCACGUCGAAGGUUCCGGAAGCCCGGGUUCGCUUCUCAAAAUGCCCUCCGGGAAUUGGUGAUGACUGUCUCUUCUUCGCCGUCGUUGCAGGUGGGAGAGAUUAGAACAGUGUGCCACAGCUACGGGCCGUCUGGGUUGGAUCGCCCGCCGGCUCAGGGAGUGACUGUGGGGUACACCUGCAGGCUCAAGAACCCAGAGAGGCACAAGUCUAUCGUGCGGCCGGAUGCAUUGGACACGACGCUGCUGAACGUGGUCCACCAUUUCCGCUUGAGGAAGGGGUUCCAGUACUUGGAUCUGCCCCAGGGCGUGGCGGUCAUAAACCACUACAAGUACCAGGUGUGGGAGGUUUUUAGGGCCAAGUUUUUCAGGAGAGUGGCGACGUACGUUGCAGAUUGGAAGGAGAACCAAAAUGAAGGGUCGAGGGAUAGAGCGCCUGGGUUGGGGACGGAGGCCAUUCAGCCCCCCAAUUGGCGUUUACAGUUCUGUGAGGUCUGGGAUACCGGCCUUCGGGACUUCAUUUUGGCCAACUUUGCUGCUCGCUCUUCCAUGGCUUUGCUGCCCUGGGAGAUUGGUCCAUGAUGAUGGUGAACAGCUAGCUAUGAUUCUUUCUCUCUAUUCUUUCUCCCAUAUUUUACAUUGGGCUCAGCAGUCAGGUUUUUUUAAAGGUUGUUUUACAGACUCAAGGAUGAGGCCAUCCGCCAUAGGGCAGUCAGGAUAGAUAUGUUUCUUUGUUUUUGUUUUGCAUAUAUCUGUACUUGUGUAACAUUUUGGUUAUAUGAUGAUAGUUCUUGUAUUGUCUUGUAUACACGAGAGUGGUGAAAUGACGACCAUGAAUACUUUUUUAUGUUUUUAUUGUAAAUUUGCAACUUCUGCUUCCUGAGGGAGGCUCGGUCUUUCGCAAACUCCCUUCAU